AUGGCUCCAUCCUCCCUGUUAUCCUCGUUGGCUGUGCGGUUGCUGCGCCCCGCGCACGGCUGCCACCCCCGCCUGCAGCCCUUCCACCUGGCGUCAGUGCGGGUCUCCUGUACUCAGGCUGCCUUGGACUAGUAUGUUAAUGCCCGGGAUAACCUUGGUGUGUCAGCUGUGAAUGGACAGUGGGGUGGAGCAAAGAACACUUGGAGGAGGACUCUACCCCAGUCUUAGAAACGAAGCUGUCGUCAUUUCUGGAAGGAAAUUAGCUCAGCAGAUCAAGCAAGAAGUGCGGCAGGAGGUGGAAGAGUGGGUGGCCUCGGGCAACAAGCGGCCACACCUCAGUGUCAUUUUGGUUGGUGACAAUCCUGCCAGUCACUCCUAUGUUCUGAACAAAACCAGGGCAGCAGCUGAAGUGGGAAUCAACAGUGAGACGAUUGUGAAGCCAGCCUCAGUUUCAGAGGAAGAGCUGUUGAAUUCAAUCAGGAAAUUAAACCACGAUGAAAACGUAGACGGCCUCCUGGUUCAGCUGCCACUCCCGGAGCACAUUGAUGAGAGGAAGAUCUGCAAUGCUGUUUCUCCCGACAAGGAUGUUGACGGCUUUCACGUCAUUAACGUGGGGCGAAUGUGCUUGGACCAGUACUCCAUGCUACCAGCAACCCCGUGGGGCGUGUGGGAGAUAAUUAAGCGAACUGGUAUUCCAACCUUAGGGAAGAACGUGGUUGUAGCUGGCAGGUCAAAAAACGUUGGAAUGCCGAUUGCUAUGUUGCUGCACACUGAUGGAGCACAUGAACGGCCCGGAGGUGAUGCCACAGUUACAAUAUCUCACCGAUACACUCCCAAAGAGCAGCUGAAGAAGCACACGAUCCUUGCGGACAUUGUGAUAUCUGCCGCUGGCAUUCCAAAUCUGAUCACAGCCGACAUGAUCAAGGAAGGGGUAGCAGUCAUAGAUGUGGGCAUAAACAGAGUUCAGGACCCUGUCACCGGAAAGCCCAAGUUGGUUGGAGAUGUGGAUUUUGAAGGCGUCAAGAAGAAAGCCGGUUACAUCACUCCUGUCCCUGGGGGCGUUGGUCCCAUGACGGUGGCCAUGCUAAUGAAGAACACCAUUAUUGCUGCCAAGAAAGUGCUGAGGCCUGAAGAGCUGGAGGUGCUGAAGCCCAAGCAGCGUGGAGUUGCCACCAACUAGCAGUACUCCAUGCCAGUCCGAGAGGCAACGUGGGCCAAGAGGAAUGCAGUAUUUUUAAUUUAUUCUGUUGAAAUGGUUUAAAAUGAUGUUUGUAUUUAUUGAAAGCUUAAACGGGUGGAUGUGUGUGCGCAUGGCUCUGCAGAACCUCACCAGGGUGCCCAUCCGAGUCCUGCCAUCGGCCUGGUGAUGCAUGGGACACAUCCUCACACUCAGAGUGGAUGCUGAACGCCAUCGAAAAACCUGCCUUCUUAGACGCUCAUUUCCCAAGUGCUAUUUCAAUACGAGUUGAUGACUCACCUGAGGUUCCAAGCCUUCUGAGUUCAACUUUCAAACCAAAGGAAAACUGACUAGAGAAAAUUAGGGGGAAGGAGGAAACGGCAGCAGAGUGGAGGACGGCACUCCCUUGCUUCCCGUGCACCCCGACUCGUGAGCAGGUUUCUCUGAGGAGAGCUCAGUUGGCUGGGUUGGAGGAAAGCCCGGCAUGGCUAGCCGUCCCCCCGUGGCUGAGUCACUGGGGAAGUUUUAGGAUUUCCUCACUGCUGUUACCCUUCUGUGAGCUUGCCCUACUUCAGUCUUCUAGAAUCACAAAGAUCAUUUUAUAAAUGAUGUGUAUAAUUGUCCUGUUCGGCUUUUGCAGCACAUUUAAACUUCAGACUGUUAGAGAGUGUGUGUCUGUUUUCUUUGGCAUAAGCUUUGAGGCCUACUUUUUUGAAAAACAAAACUUGGGUGUGAUAAUCAUGAGGGCAGAUUGUGUGAAACUCACUUGCCACCAAAGAACUGACGGCAGCUGCCUGCGUGUCUUUCGUGUACCCUGUUGGCUUUCCUGGAAGGUAUCAAGGAGCUUGAGUUAAUAUAAGAUUUAGUCAGAUUUUCUUUUUUUUUUUUUUGGUUUUUCGAGACAGGGUUUCUCUUUGUAGCUUUGCGCCUUUCCUGGAACUCACUUGGUAGCCCAGGCUGGCCUCGAACUCACAGAGAUCCGCCUGGCUCUGCCUCCCGAGUGCUGGGAUUAAAGGCGUGCGCCACCACCGCCCGGCGGUAAUCAGAUUUUCUUAUUGAAGGGUUUUGUUGCUGUUGUUGGUUUUGUUUUGUUUUUAAAUAAAACACAUCUGUCUGGUGUGAAAUGA